AUGAAGGUGAAUCGAUGCCGUCUUCGACGCGUCAUCCUGGGCAUGAGCAUCGAGGACGCGAAAAGCAAAUUCGACUCCCCCGACGCCCGGACCUUUUUGCGAUUCGCGCAGGAGCGGCAUCGCCGCGGCGUCCUCCACGAGCUCCACUUCGCUCAGCGCCUGCGCGAUGGCGUCGCGUCGGAGCGGAAAUGCCAUAUCCGGCGCUUUGCCAAACCCACCGUGCGGGGGUUCCAGGCCUACGCCAAACCCACCCCGGCGGAUUACGUCGUCGUGGAGCUCUGGCGGCGGCCCGCCCUCGCGCGCGAAUCGCGGGCUUUGCAAGGGAUUAAUGGCGAUAAGGGGAGUCUUUGGGGGGGAAAUGAGAAGGUCGCUCGGGAAAAAACAACCUUCCACGCGCACAAAACGCGAGUGCUCUCGACCUUGACGGACGCCUUUCGCCAGGUGAGGGAGGACGUCCUGGCGGAGUUGAUCGGCCGGCGCCAGAGCGGGGCGUUGAUUGCCGGCCAGCAGGAGUCCUUGGUGGAUCGGCUGAUCGGCGAGGUCAGCGAGGCAAGCGAUAAGGGCUAUAAAAGCCUCUCCUCCUCCACGCAUUUGCUGGAGCCGGUAGGGAUGAGCGUGGGGAUUUGUGGAAAGAAGGAUCGGGUGGUUUUAGACGCCUUUAAUAGCAGCCAGUUGCGCUUUCCCGCGCGUGAGGGGGAUAUUUCUUACUCGUUGUGGGUCUCCGGGGCCCUUAUCGCCGAUGAUGGCCUCAUUUCGGAGUUCCCGUACCACGUCGCGAAGUAUAUCGUCUCGGAGGCCUACGACUCGAGCCCGCAGCGCCCACCUCGGGUAGAGGUGGAGGUGUACUUCUUGCCGGAGCUUUAUCAACUAGAAAAGGUCGUUGGGAAGGCCGGGAUCGCGGCGAUUCGGCGGUUUAUCGGGAAAGUUAUGAUGCGGCAGCAUGAACCCACCCCCCUCUCCACCUCGCUUUUGCUGAAUACCGCCGAGAGCGAGUUGGGCCUCUACAACCUUUACACCCCCGACAACGAUGAGGUGAUUCAAAUCCCAUGGAUGCAGCAAAUAAAGGCAAAGGUUUCCACCAUUACGGGAAUCAUUCUGAACGCGGAGGAGGAUACCGAGGGCGUGAAAAUCGAAAAGAAAAAAGAAGGCGUUUCGCUAGUCUGGAAGGCAUGGGGGCAUCUUAUUAAGGAUCUUCACGUGCAUGGGGAUCGCGACUUCUUAUACAUCUCGAUAGAUCGUCAAAAGGAAAAGAAAGAAAACGAUGAGCACAUCAUGGAGCUGAAAUUACUGGAAAAGACGAAUGCAAAAGAGGUGAAUGAGCUGGCAAAGUCGAAUGACGUCGUCACGCAGCAUAAGGCGUUGUUAAAAAAAGGUUCUAGACGGGUGGAGCGGAGUAGCCAAUACGUUCCGCUUCCCGCGGAUUUUGUCGUUUUAGAGUGUCUUUUAGAGCGAAAAGGGCUUCCGUUUAAGAUGGUGGUCGAGGAUAUUUCGGAAUCGUUGACGGAGAUGCAAACCGAAGCUCUCGAUAUGCUUCGCUUGUCGUUUAUGAACGAGAUCGAAGACCUCGAGGAGAGCUCUCUUGAUUUUAUUCCCGUUUUAUACGCACCGAAGGUGGUGAUAUCGAAUGCCGGGAUUAUCGAAGAUCGAACGCACAGCUUUCAGCGAAUUCGCAUUCGUGGGAGCUGCCUUGCGCAUGUGGAGGCUUUGGCGUCUUCCCUCGCCGAAGGGCAUUGGUUUACGGAUUUAUCCAAAAGGGUAUCCCCCCUUUUGGCGUUUUCCUCUUCCUCGACGAAGCCGCCGAACUUGUCGUUUUCGACCUCGCGCGGCCCGCACUCCGCCGCGUUGGCGACCUCGAACGCCUUGGUGGGCCAUCAGCUCACGAGCGUCUCCGCCGCCAUCGCGCGCGAUGGCCAUCGCUUCCAGCCGCAUCAAACCAUCCAAAUGAACGAUUACCUGACCAUCACCAGCGAGGAAAGGGGGUUUUGGAAGGAGAAUUAUUACCGCCUUAGUGAGAUCAAGAUCGUCUUUCACAGUCGGGUGGACCCGCAGGACGCGAAGGCCGUUUCCGGCCAUGCCCUCUCACCCCGACUGACCAAACACCUCCGAAUCGUCAGCCGCCGGCUCUCCAACGACGCGGAUGAUCAACCCGAGGGCGAUGAGGGCGAGGGGGCCAAAUUCGGCAAGACCAGCCCGAAAAAUAGCGCGAGAGCGAAGCGCAAACGCGAUUCAAAGGCGCCGGAUCUUUCCGAGAUCCCCCCGGAGAAGGCGUUUGAGUAUUUAUGCACCGACACGGAGGCGGGCUCCGCGGUCUACGACCUGCGGGUGGGGGAUUCCGAGGGCUACUCCUACGCGAUCACCCUCACUAACAUCCCCGGCGUCGACGCCGCCUCGCUCGUCAAGCCGGCGGUCCAGGCCGUCCAAAACAAGGGGUUUAUCAACUAUUUCGGCCCCAACCGCUUUGCCUCCUACACGAUUGUGAAUAUGCAUCCGGGGCUGCAUCUUCUGAAGGAUGAGUUCCGCGCCGCCGCGGGGAUUAUCGUCCAGCAGUUCUACCUCGACCGCGCGAUCGCGGCGGAGGGGCGGCGGACGGGAUGGCCCUUCUCCCGCGGAUUUCCCCCUGCGCGGGCCGGGGGGUUUCGCCUGCCGGACUUCGCGAAGGGCGCCGCGCGGCAAUCCGUCGGGGCGCACGGGACGAUGCUCCAAAAAGUCCUCCACAACGCCCUCCAGGCCGCCCAGCUCCUCGACGGCGAGGACGGGCUCGAGGGGCUUUCUCGGGCGGAUUCCUCCUCUUCAGCGUCGUCUUUCGGGGGCGCCUCCCAACGCGGGCGCGCGCGCGCGGCGGCGUCGCCGCUUCUCGACAGCGGCGAUCCCUGCGCGGAGGCCUUUGUCAACCUCAUCGGCCCGCGAAUCUGCCGAAUCCUCAUCGACGAGUUUCUUUCUUUUGUGUGGAAUGAUAUCCUCAACCAGCGGCUCCAGCGCUACGGCACCUUUGCGAUUUUGCCGGGGGAUUUGGUCCGAAAGCACCCCGGGGCCUCCGCACACUCGGGGCUGCCGGACGAGUUGGUGUACGCCUCGCGGAAGGAUGUGGAGGGCGGGAAAUAUCGCGCGUGGGAUGUGGUCCUGCCCAUCCCGGGCGCGCAGAUCCGACUCCCGGAUAACCACACCGCGGAUCUGUAUAUCGUGACCCUCAAACGCUAUGGGCUCGUGUUUAACCCGGAAUCCAAGCAGUGGGGGUGCUUUUAUCCCAAAGGCGAUCUUUCGGAGGGGGGCAGCGACGCGCUUCUUUCGCCAUCGUCGGCGUUUUCGCUAAAUUCGUUCACGACGGCGGGGUCGCCCUAUCGUCCGCUAACCUCCUCCUCCGCCGGGUUGGAGGAGGAGCUGAUUAACAGCACCGCCUUUUACGAGCCCAUUUUCUCUUCGUUUGAGCGAGGAGCGGGGGGCGGAAUGGAAGUCAUUUCGCCUUCUUUUUCGUAUUCCUCUUCGCCGGUUGACGACGAGGGCCCAAUUCGGGAGGAUCUUCAGUGGCAGCGGGGGAAUAGCCUCGGGCUGCUGAUCCCGGCGGGCUACCGCUCCCCCCUUUACCACCCCGCGAGCAGCCUGGGAUGGAAAUUAGUCGACGCGCAGACCGCGGACCCUUACCAUCGAUGGAGCUCCACCAUCACGCAAACUUUUGCAAGGCCAACCACCCUGCUUUCUUCACCUGCAAAUCCGAUCAAUUCUCAUCCGCAUAAUAAUAUUAAUAACAGCCAUCAUAGCGGUGAUCGGAGUCCUAACGAGGACGAUUUGAUGGACUUGGAGAAGGCAAAAGGGGAAUCAUCGAUUGCACCUUCCGCGACGAUAGUGCCGUCAUCGGGGGUUUCAUCAAGGAAGUUAUUAUUUUCUUCAAAUGCUCCUUCUUUUUCCUCCUCCUCCUCCUCCUCGCGGUGUAGCGUCUUAUCGCUCAACCAUCGCCCUUAUCGUCCUCGUAGUCGUCGUUGGCCGCCCAGCUUACCGCUCCCGCAAACGCCGUAUUGGUUGACCUCGCAGAUCAAUGCGAGAUUGGAGCUUCGUUUUACAUUACCUUUAGGGGUCUACCCCAGCAUGCUUUUGCGGGAAUUGACAAAAAUGGAUGUGAAUUCAUCAGAUAUCAUCGAUAUCGAUAAACCUCCCCAGGAUCGUCGGGUGAGAUCGUGGACGGAGCUAACGGCUGAGCAGCAGGCCACCUAUCGUAAGUAUUUAGCAGGGCGUCGUCAGCAGCGCUUCCGAGUUGAGCAGCCGAGGGCGUUGAGUUUAGCGCUUUUACAUCAACACAUUUUUCGAUCUGGAGGGGUUCGAAAUAGUCUUAUUCCUACCCUACGCAGCUACGACUCAGUUUCUUUACCAAAGUAA